AUGUCCUCCUCUUUGCCCAUUGCGGUUGAUCCGGUCGCGUUGGUGACUACAGAAUGUAUCACCGUCACCUCGGCUAUGCGCAAACAUGCUCGCUGGGCUCAUUCGUCAGUGUCGGCCAUAUUAGGCGGCGGUGCAGCCUCUCGAGUCUACGAUCGCGACACAUCUGCUCCCCCUAGCCCCCGCAAUGGUGCUUCAACGUCUCGCCCCAAGUCUAGGCCGUCGGCCGUCGAUGAAGAUCACGCUCUGGCGAAUCGAUGGGGUCUGCGGGGAAAGAAAGGCAAGAGCAUGCAGGACAAUCCACUCAUAUCUGCAUUUUCACGACUACGGAGUGAUCUGAAGGAUUGCAGAGACAUUAGGACCUUUGACACACCCGCUUUGCUGCAUCCAUUCCUACAAGUGAUUCGUUCCUCGUCGACCUCUGCCGCAAUUACCUCUCUGGCAUUGGUCGCGCUGACCAAGUUCUUUGCCUAUAACAUUAUUAGCCAGGACUCUCCGCGACUGUCCAUGGCGAUGCAGCUCCUGUCCGCCGCAAUCACCCAUUGUCGAUUCGAAGCCAGUGACUCCGCUGCGGAUGAAAUCGUCCUCCUGAGGAUCUUAAAAUUGAUGGAGGGUAUUUUGUCUCGGCCGGAGGGGGACUUACUUGGUGAUGAGAGUGUCUGCGAAAUGAUGGAGACCGGCCUAAGCAUGUGCUGCCAAGUCCGCCUGUCGGAAGUCCUGCGAAGAUCGGCUGAGAUGGCGAUGGUCAACAUGUGUCAGGUUCUCUUUAUGCGACUAUCGCACUUAGACAUACCAACCGGUGUGGAUGUUCUGAACCCGGCUGUGGGCGAUAGUGAGCCGACCAAUCUCAAAAUGGACCCUUCUGUCGAUGGGAACACAGUCACCUCCCAGCAUCUUUCCGCCAUGGGCGCGGACACUGCGACACCAGACCGUGAACGCAGCAGCGGGGAUGAACCUUUAGAGCAAGAGCUUAGUGGAACUGCGGUUACAGCUCCCCCCAACCCACAGGACGACCUCGGGGAUGAAGUCAAGCCGUAUUCACUAGCGUCUAUCAAGGAGCUAUUCCGUGUGCUGAUCGACCUUUUGGAUCCCCAUAACCGGCAACAUACAGACCCGAUGAGAGUUAUGGCCCUAAGAAUUAUUGAUGUGGCUCUGGAAGUCGCGGGCCCUUCUAUUGCCAGGCAUCCUAGCUUAGCUACGUUAGCUCAGAAUGAUCUCUGCCGGCACCUCUUCCAACUGGUCCGAUCCGAGAGCAUGCCGAUACUAACCGGGUCUCUUAAGGUCGCCGGUACGUUGCUGUUGACCUGUCGCUCCGCCUUGAAACUCCAGCAAGAACUAUACCUUUCAUACUUGGUCGCCUGUCUCCAUCCACGGGUUGAGAUACCGAGAGAGCCGGGUAUUGAUCCGGCCCUCUACAGUGGAGUGCCACAGGCGCCUAAGCUGGUGAAACCCUCUCCCUCACAAGCUAAUAGUGGAAGAUCCACGCCUGUACCAGUGAAGGAUAGGCAGAAACUAGGCCUGGAGGGAGGUUCCAGGAAGCCCGAGGCUCGAGAAGCCAUGGUGGAAAGCAUCGGCGUGUUAGCAAGAAUCCCGAGCUUUAUGGUAGAGCUAUUUGUUAACUAUGACUGCGAUGUUGACCGGGCAGACCUUUGCGAGGAUAUGGUCGGGUUGCUGUCACGGAGUGCGUUCCCCGACUCCGCCACAUGGAGCACGACCAAUGUGCCGCCACUCUGCUUGGAUGCGCUUCUAGGUUACGUCCAGUUCAUAUUUGAUAGAUUGGAUGAUGAACCGGUCCAUGAAGGCUUUCCUCCGAUCGAGCUCCUGAGGAGCCAGCGUAGAACGAAGAGAACCAUCAUCCAUGGCGCCCAGAAAUUCAACGAGGACCCCAAGGGUGGAAUCGCUUAUCUUGCAGCUCAGGGUGUCAUUCAGAACCCAGACGAUCCAGUUUCGGUGGCCAAGUUCCUGAGACAAACGACGCGCGUCUCGAAGAAAGUCCUGGGUGAAUUCAUAUCCAAACGAAACAACGAGCAGCUUCUGGAUGCAUUCGUCGAUCUCCUCGAUUUUUCAGAGAAAACGGUAGUUGAUGGGCUUAGAGAUCUUCUUGGUGCCUUCCGUUUGCCCGGCGAAUCCCCUCUUAUUGAGAGAAUUAUAACGACGUUUACAGAGAAGUUCAUGCAGAAAGCACAGCCUUCAGAGGUUGCUGAUAAAGAUGCAUUGUUUAUCCUGACAUAUGCCAUUAUCAUGCUGAACACAGAGCUUUAUAACCCCAACGUCAAAUCAGCCAAUCGCAUGUCCUGUGCAGACUUCUCAAAGAACCUGCGAGGAGUCAACGCAGGAAAAGACUUCGCUCCCGAGUUCCUUCAAGAGAUUUACGACUCUAUUAAGCAGAACGAGAUUAUCUUGCCGGACGAGCAUGACAAUAAGCAUGCAUUCGACUUUGCAUGGCGGGAGCUGUUAUUAAAGUCAACUACCGCUGGAGAACUGGCAAUCGGCGAAACAAACCUUUAUGACGCAGAAAUGUUUGAAGCGACCUGGAAACCAGUUGUUGCAACCCUUUCGUACGUCUUUAUGUCGGCCUCUGACGAUGCUGUAUAUUCUCGUGUUGUCACUGGCUUUGAUCAAUGCGCCCAAAUAGCUGCUCGUUAUGGACUGACUGAAGCAUUUGACCGCAUCGUCUUUUGUCUUGCUUCCAUCAGCACAUUGGCAACAGACAAGCCUCCAAGCACCUCUCUUAACACCGAGGUACAAGCCGGGAAGAAGAGUGUCAUGGUCAGCGAGCUAGCCGUGAAGUUCGGAAGGGAUUUUCGAGCACAGCUGGCUACAGUGGUUCUCUUCCGGGUUCUUGCUGGCAAUGAAGCUACAGUGCAACGAAGCUGGGAGUAUAUUGUCCGGAUUCUCAGCAACCUGUUCAUCAAUUCCCUUAUUCCGCCGUUCGGAACCAGCCUUAAUGCUGAGCUUGAGAUACCUCCGAUUCCAUUGCAGCCCCCGUCACAAGUUGUGGACCGUGAUGGGCGAGGAAAUGAAACUGGGUUACUCUCUGCUUUUACAUCUUACCUGUCCAGUUAUGCAGCCGAUGAUCCCCCGGAGCCGUCAGACGAGGAACUUGACAACACCCUUUGCACUGUGGACUGUGUAACAGCGUGUUCGAUCAAUGACGUUUUGGCUAAUAUCAAGUCGCUGCCUUUGUCGACGGUUCUCACAGUCGUGGAGACGGUAUUGACACUCCUGCCGGAAGAGUCUGCUCCAGCAGUCAUCGUCGUAAAAACGGAACGACCGUCGAGGUCAGCAAAUGGCAGGCUCGACACUAACAGCUCAAACUACGACCCUGGAAUGAUGUAUCUCCUGGAACUAGCGACUAUCCUAACCCUUCGUGAUCAAACAACACUAGAGGCAGUUGGCGAGCGACUACUGGCUUCCUUACAAGCCUUCAUGCGAGAUGCGAGAAACUUGCACUCCCUGGCUUUGUCGCGAAUCAUUUAUUAUAUGUUGAAUUUGCUACGCUUGAGCCAUGAUCAACCCUUCAUGCGGGUUCCUGUCAUUCUCCACGGAAUAUCAGGCUUUGACCAGGACAUUUUGGAAAGUGUCGCUGUUCCUGUGAUUGAAGGGCUUUCGCGUUGCGUUUCGAAUGCAGGCCUUCUAGGAAAUGAAAUCACUAUCUCUCCUGAUUUCUGGUCGAUCCUCCAGCGGCUGCAUCAGCACAAAGAGGCCGCCCCUUUCGUAUUCGGCCUCCUCCAAACCAUUGUGAACACGACGCCACCCAUUAUCACUGGGGAUAAUUAUGAAUCCGCUGUAAGCCUUGCAAACGAUUUCGUUAGCGCAGGUAGUGUGGGCUACCUUGAGGAACGGCAACGAGACGCGCACUCUCGGCGCGCUAAAGGUGUUAAGCCGCCAAAGUCCAGUGAAAAUGAAGUCGUUACUCGUGGAUUGACAGCCAUUGAUAUGACCUAUAAUUUAAGUCAACGGGCUCCUGCGCUUAUCAAGCAGUCGCAUCUUGAAGAAGGCGAAGCCUGGUCCGCCUAUUGGUCUCCGAUUUUCCAUUCUUUGAUGACACAGUGCAUUAACCCUUGCCGGGACAUCCGACACAAUGCAGUGUCGACUUUGCAGCGGUCGCUCCUUUCGGUUGACAUCAACUCAUCUAAUGAGAAGGAGUGGACCGCUAUUUUCGAACAGGUUCUCUUCCCACUAUCUCUCCGACUGCUGAAGCCGGAGGUCUUCCACUCCGACCCACUUGGAAUGGGCGAGACCCGGGUUCAGGCAGCCACUUUGGUCUGCAAGAUUUUCUUACGUUAUCUCGAUCAACUUCCGCAUCCCAGUGGAAUGCUCGAUCUGUGGCUCAAGAUACUCGAUAUCCUUGACCGGAUGAUGAAUAGCGGCCAGGGAGACAGUAUGGAGGAGGCUAUCCCAGAAAGUCUCAAGAAUAUCCUUUUGGUCAUGGCUGAUGGAGGCUAUCUGGUUCCACCAUCACAAGACGUCAACAAGGAACAGAUAUGGACCGAAACUAAAAAGCGCCUGGAGAGGUUUCUGCCAGAUUUAUUCAAAGAAAUCUUCCCUGAAAUGCCUCCAGUGCAAUCCACACCAACACCAACAGCCCCGUUGCCAGAUUUGUCGAAGGGCGACACUCCCGCUGACGAACAACCCAAGGAGGACCAACCUUCCUCGGAAACCCCAGAAGGUGGUGAUGGCAACGAUGAACAAAAAGAUGAGUAA